AUGAGGGACGAGGCACGUGAAGCGACCGGCCGCCGCGACAAGGCACUGGACCAUUUCAGACCAUCUCCAGGUCCUGCAGCUGCAGCAGUAGGUGACCUCCACAAUGCCGUUCCGUUCCGCUUGUCCAGCGAAGAAGAGGCGGGUGGGAUGCAGUGGGCUCGGGCCCACUUGACGCAACUGAUGGCCGAGUGUGCGGCCCCACCGCCGAUCGAAGAAGCGCACACGUCGACUUGGACGCGGGUCAACCGGACCCGAAAGCAGUCUGCCAGCGUGAGCUGCUGGGAAAAACACGCGGGGAACGCCGCCUCAGCGCUCAAGACGAAGGAGACAAAGCGGCGGUCGUCCGUGCCGAGUCGGGUGGCUGCCCUGACACGGAGACGAGGGAGUGGCCCGACGAGCUACAGCGUGCGCAGCAGUACGACGGUCGACGCCCCGCUGAACGCAGUGCUCAGAGCUCUGGACGCGUCCGUAGCCACUGCUCAUCGGUCGUUUACUCGGAUCAUCUACGGCCCUCUCGUCACGGACACGGCCGUGCUCUGCCAUAGCUCGACGCCGCCUACCGACUUGCUGGGCGAGGGCAACGACGACAGCUUGGAGACCCUCGCGGUCCGCUGGCUCACGUGUCGAUGCAGCAACCCCACGGUCCACGACUGCGACUUUUGCUUGCAGGAGUACACGAAGCGCCACACGCUCGACGAGGUGACCAGGAACACUUCAAUGGACCGCCGGUACAAGACGAAGCAGUGCCGAGAUGACACUGCUGCUGAGUUGUGCGACGAGAGAGCGCAGAGCGAUGGCCAGGAAGGCCUCCACGCGCUGGACGACGUGCCCGCGGCGUACAAACUCUUUCGCUCGAUCGAGACACGGCACUGUCCCGAGCUGCUCAAGUCGCAUCGACUGGUCCGCUGCAACGUGCCGCUUGGCGGGUUCCUCCUGUACCCCACCACCCGCCGCGACCGGACAGACGUUGUGUUCUACAUGAACAUUGCGCAAGAUGCUGGCGCAGGCGAUCGCACCGAUCGCAGACGGAAGUCGGCGUCAAGCGCUGCGUUGCGGCUGACCCAGUGCAGUGACCGGCAGUUCCACGCGCUUCGGACCGUUGCAAGACAAAUGGCGCUGCACAUUGGCCGACUGAACUAUGCCGUGGAUUCGUACCGCAUGGUCCGACAUCUCGAGUCGCUGCGUUCGUUGCAGUGGGUGAACAACGCCGAGCGACAGCAGUGCAUUGUUUGCUGCCGUCGAUUCCGCCAACUCACGCGACGACGACAUCACUGUCGGCUGUGUGGAGAGGUCAUUUGUCGCGAGUGCUCGGUGCAGAAGGACGUGACUUCACCGACAUCGGGUCCAGCGAUGCUGCGGAUCUGUACACGUUGCAACCAGACGUACUCGCCCUCCCAGCGAAAGGUAUCGUCACGCAGUGAUCCGGAAGUGAGCGUGUCAUCCCAAGCGUUGCAAAGGUGUCGGGACGCAGUACGAAGAGACCGCUCGACUGGAAAAUCGAUGCUGGACCCCAUGGCCACGUCUUCGUUCUCGGAAACUCGUCGACGUCAACGCAACAGCAGUCUGAGGGAAGAGAUGGCCCGAAGCGUCAUCGACGAAAGCGAAUGGCCAGUGCUGGCAGAGCGGAGCUUUUUCGUGACCGCUUCGGAAGGUGCUGCGCAUCAUGUGGACACGUUCGAAGACGCAGCAUCGAGUGGUUCGCAACGCGCGUUGUCUUCGGCGUCCGACAGUUGGCACUUUGCAAGCACAUCGAGAAGCUCCCGAACGAUAUCAACGAUCGAGCGGCCGUUCCUGACAACAGCGUCCGGUACUUCGGAUCCAGCACGACCCCCGAUCUCAAAGGUUGAUGUGCAUCGCGCAUUUUCUGCAAACAUCUUCUCUGCUUCUCGCAACCAAGAGCCGUCACCGUUGCCCUCGCGUUGUGAGUUACGAGCUGGAGAUGGGAGAAACAUGACUUGCGCAGACAACAGCGAUGGCAACCACGAGCCACUCAUCACCAUGACAGGGAUCUGCACACUGAUCCGGCUGAACAAUCGACCGUGGAGUCACCGAAGCUUUGAGACGCCAGACGUGUACGAGGACAUUUUCCUCAAGCUUUGCGAGACUGCCGCCUCCGUGCGAAACUCCCAAUUCGUUGCCUUGACGCUGUACACGCGCACGACUGAACAAGACGAAGGCCAGCAAGAUGACGUCGAGGCAGCAGGAUCCACCGUUUCGUACCUGAAAGUACGAGGCUGUGCCAAGCUCAUGAAGAUCACUACGGCAAACUUGCGGUGCUGCGAGCCCGUGCUUCAGUUGCAGACGCCCGUUGUGACACGGAAUACCUGGGCGCUUGACGAGUCAUCGAUUCACCCGUCGGGAUACGACUUCCGGCAGCUGCCGAUCGUCAUGGGGUCACAACGAGCGAGAUUUUACGCUGGCGUGCCGCUCGUCAACACCAACGAGCACUACCGCUAUGGUGCGCUGGCCGUCUUUGACGCCAAAACAAGUCGAGGCCGAGAUGACGAUCUGUCGAUGAAGAAGACCUUGCAAGCGCUUCAGGUGUGCACUGAAGAAGCUAUGAUGGCCGCCGACGAACGGCGACAGGAGAUUCAUUUGCGAACCUUCUUGCAGGCGUCCUUGAUUCCGCCACGUCGGUCGGAACCAGCGCUUCGUCCCAGCGUGGACAUCCAGGAGUCGGACCCACAGUGGCUGACCAUCGAACGCAUUGAUGGAGACAGUCACGACAAGGACGGCGUUGACGAGGACUACCGAUACAAGGAAUACGACGUCGUAGAUGUCGAGACGAACAGCACUCCCGCGUUCACGAACAGUGGCACCUCCAGGGUCGGAAAAGCUCGUGUCGAUUACUUCCAGAGCAAACUACAACAGCUCGUACAGCAGGCGCAGGACACGCAGGCUCAGAUGGUAGAGAACACGCUGGUCAUGGAGCGCCAUCGACUUCCGAUUGUCGAGUAA